AUGAAGUGGUCGUCGUCGUCGUCGUCGUCGUCGUCGGACUCCAAGAAGUUUCAGGUCAAGGUCAAGCCGUUGAAGCUCCAAGGAUUAAUUGGGUGCUGUGACCAGAAGUUGGAAGAGAAAGAGAAAACAGAGAAGGUGAUUGUCUUGGAAAUGAAAUGGAGAGGCCCCAAGGCUGGAUUAGUGCCUCUCCGUCAACACUCCUCGAAUCGCCGAUAUGUCUCAAAACCUGUCGUUGUAAAACAGGGCGAAGUUUUCCAAUGGGACGAUAUAUUUGAAAGCGUGUGUAACUUAUCCAUGAAAGAAAAUUCAAAUUCCUUCAAUUCUUGGGAUAUGUCCUUCAAUCUCCUACAUGGACGAUGUACAGAACCCACGAAAAAGCUCGCCGUGAUAGGGUCGGUUUCAUUAAACAUAGCAGAAUUAGCAUUGCUCAUGGAACCUCUGAUAGAAAGAGAGCUUCCGAUUUCUGUCCGGGUCGCCGGUGUUUCCAGCGAAGCCAUGCUUUUGGUAUCUGUCAGCUUCGCCAAAAUCAGGAAUUCUCAAGAUUCGGUGGGAGUUGUCAAUGACGCGGGUAUCCUAAGAAUGGUGAAGGAUCUGAGGAGUUACAUGUCUAUCUCGAAGAAUAAAAAGAAGAAGAAGAAGAAGAAGAAGAAGAAGACGACGACUCAGAGCUCAGCGGACGAAGGAGAGAUGAGUGAUGACAGCUAUUCCGGCAGCGGCGGCGGCGGCGAUGGCGAUGACCCGGGCUCUGACUCAGAAGAAUCACCCAACACAGACUCAAAGGAAUCUCUGGGCCAGGGUUGCGUGGCCGCGGCGGAAACGAAAGACGAGUCUUCGGUAUACUAUGUUAACGGCAGCGAUAAGGAGACUAGUUCAGAGACUCAGAUGGAAUCGUCUCCGAGUCCCAAAACUGGGUUUGGUUCGAUUUCUAAGGUUGGAUUCCUGUCGUGGAAGAAGAGAAGGCCAAGUUUCGUAUUCUCCAAGUCCAAGGGGCAAGAAAAGAAGAGCGAGGAAAACGCUGACCAGGACACGAAUGAGACCCUUGGGUUUGGGUUUGAUGAGGAAGAGGUCAGCGUGGGUAGGUGGGAAGAGAAGGAGGUGAUCAGCCGAGAUGGGCGGGCGAAGAUUAAAGCCAACGUCUUCUUUGCAUCGAUGGACCAGCGAAGUGAAAAGGCAGCGGGAGAGAGUGCGUGCACAGCCCUCGUCACAGUGAUCGCCGAUUGGCUUCAUUCGAACCGAGACGCAAUGCCAUCGAGGUUUGAAUUCGAUAAUCUGAUCAAAGAAGGCUCAUCAGAGUGGCGGAAGCUCUGUGACAAUGAGGUUUACUUACAACGCUUUCCGGACAAGCACUUCGAUCUUGAGACCAUGUUAGAAGCGAAACUCCGGCCACUUUCCAUGAAGCCUGAGAAAUCCUUCGUUGGGUUCUUCUGUCCUGAAAAUUUUGAAUCGUUGAAGGGUACCAUGUGCUUCGAGGGGAUAUGGGACGAGAUUAGCAGGAACAGCAGCAACGUCAAAGAAGCUGAGCCAAAAGUGUACAUAGUGAGCUGGAACGACCAUUUCUUCAUUUUGAAAGUGGAAGCCGAUGCUUAUUACAUCAUUGACACGCUGGGAGAACGGCUCUUCGAGGGCUGCAAUAAGGCCUAUAUAUUAAAGUUUGAUGACAGAUCCUGCUUGUACAGAUUGCCGGAGAAUUCAACAAAAGAAGGCACAAAGGAUAAGGGAGGAGGAGAAGAAGGAGGAGAAAGUGAAAGCCUGGUUUGUAGUGGGAAGGAGUGUUGUAGGGAGUUCAUAAAGAGAUUCUUUGCAGCUAUCCCAUUAAGAGAAUUGGAGAAGGAAGAAGAGAAGGGAACAGCUUCAAUUGUGUCCCUUCAUCAACGUUUGCAGAUCGAGUUUCACUUUAGCUCGAUUUCUACUUCUUCUUCUUCAUCAUCAUCUUCGUUUCCAUCAUCAUCUUCUUCUUGUCAUUCUCCAUCAUCAUCAUCAGUAUCAUUAUCUUCUUCUUUUGAUGAAUAUGAAAACACACGUGUUCAUUAGCUAAAUUUGUACAUUUCAGAAACC